AUGACCGCUCAAUCCACAGCAACAGUGGGCUCAUCUACCAUUAACUUGGUUAAAACAAUCAUAGGAGCUGGCCUUCUUGCCAUCCCGUACGCAUUCGCUCAAGAUGGGAUCCUUGUCGGUAUCCUGCUGACCCUGUUGGCUGCCGUGACGUCCGGGUUUGGUCUUUUCGCGCUGGCCAAAUGUUCAAAGACUUUGAUCGACCCGAGACGCUCGUCGUUUUUCACUCUUUGCAUGCUGACGUACCCAAGACUUUCACCUCUGUUUGACUUCGCAAUGAUCGUGCAAUGUUUCGGUGUUGGGUUGAGCUACCUGGUACUUAUGGGCGACAUAUUCCCUGGACUGUUUGGGGGUGAUCGCCAGUACUGGAUUGUUGCGUCUGCGGUGAUCAUUGGUCCAUUGUGCUCGUUGAAAAAACUGGACCACCUGAAAUAUUCCAGUGUGUUAGGGCUCUUUGCUCUAGCAUACCUGGCUGUUUUAGUGCUUUCAAUGUUUGUCAAAGAUGUGAUCCUAACGGACAAUUACAAAGUCGUUAGGGGUACAAUUUUGUGGUUUGAAAUAUACAGUGGAAAGGGCUUGCUCUCCACUUUCAGUAUCAUCAUCUUUGCAUAUGUCGGUGCCAUGAAUUUGUUCACUAUCAUAAACGAGUUGAGUGACAACAAUAUUACAAACAUUUCCAAGAUUAUUAAUCGGUCGAUUGCAAUCUCCACGGUAGCAUUUUUAUCGGUCGGUAUUACUGGAUAUUUGACGUUUGGUAGUAACACGUUGGGUAAUAUCAUAUUAAACUACGAUCCAAAUUCGAUAUGGGUAAACAUCGGGAAGUUUUCACUCGCCUCCAUGCUUCUGCUGUCGUUCCCUUUGUUGUUCCAUCCUCUGCGUAUUGCUUGCAACAACUUAGUCGUGUGGUUUGAAAUAAACUUCAACGAGGCCCAACCUUCAAGCUAUUAUACAAGCACUUUCGUCAAUGCAACUAACCACAGUCGGACCCCAAUUCAACUAGGAGAUGAGGAAGACCAAGAGGGAGACAACGGUGAAGACGCCCCGCUCGUUUCGAACAGGCAACCAACUGCUGACGAUGUCGAAAUUGACGACGACCUUCCAGGUUCAAUUGAACAGCACAGCUCUUUCCCGGACUCAAGGUUUUACAGUAUUACCGUCGGUCUUCUUGUAGUCAUGUAUCUCAUUGCGUUGCGGAUCACCUCGUUUGCCCUCGUAUUGGCAUUGGUUGGGGCCACCGGUUCCACUUCGAUAUCGUUCAUAUUGCCAGGGCUUUUCGGGUAUAAAUUAAUUGGGUCAGACUCGCUAGCCGUUGGCCAGAUGAUAUCGCCUAGGGACCGUUUUUAUAAGAAAUGCAGCUUAGCACUCGUGUGGUUCGGUUUUGCAGUGAUGAUUCUGUCUUUGUACGUCACAAUGGUUUACGGAGCAUAA